AUGUCGAUGGCUUCAAUAGAAACGAUGGACUCCAUCAAGGAGUUACCACCGCGUAAAUUUGUAAAUCCAAAUUUAAUAUCCCUCAAGUGCCUUCUAUUUAUUUUUUUUGGUGGUAUGGGCUGUCUCUUUCCAUUUCUUCCACUCCACAUGAUUGCGGUGGGACUGACAAUGGAAGAAACGCGACUGGUGUCAAUAAUAUCGCCUGUAAUAGCGAUAUUAGGACCAAUUAUAGCAGCACCGGUAGCGGACAAGAUAGCAGCUCGUCAAGGCUCCAAGCCGUCAAACGGGCGCUACUUGAGAAUAAUGAUAGCUCUGGUAUGUUUUCUGUCGGCUGUGGUCUACUCACUGUUGCUGUUGGUGCCCGUCGUCGAGAGAAUAGAGCUUCCGCGAGAGCACAGACCCACGCUUAGAUUUUCCUGCAACCGCGAAGGCGCGACAGUAUUUCAGGAACGCAUAGAUGAAUUUUCCACGUGCUACAACUGGACCAGCGAGAGCCGAGUAUGCGCGAUUCUCUUGAAAAAUUGCAACUACGCUUGUCAUCCGAUAGUUCCCAGGCCGAACCAUAUGUUCCUAAAUAGCCCGACGCCUGCUAUCGAUGUUCCUCCAAACACCGACAUCGGAGUCCUGGGUGUCGAUGAAGGAAGUGGCGAUAUCGUUGGAGGAAACGGCCACGGCAAUUCCCAGUACGCUGAUUUGAGCAAUGAAGACAUCGAAUGGAGAACUAAAGUCCCGAUAAAACACAAACGACGCCGUUAUAUCCAGGCUAAAAGCGAACCACCUCAUCUGUGUUUCCAUGAGGGUGAUAGUAAGGUUUGUCAUGUUUACACUAGUGAUACAGGAAGCUUGCCAGUUAAUGCGAGCUUCAGACAGGCCAGUAAUACACGUAAUAAACACGAAUGGUGCGCUUAUCCAAUCACUGAAGAUUUUACCUGUAGGAUACCACGCAAAUUGGAAGCUGAUAUGGCUAAAUUUAAUCAGACUUGCUCUGUUGAAUGUGAUAUACUUGACCCGUUUGUGCUACCAGGUAGCAUUCACACGGAAAAUCAAUGCAGACAAGUAGCCGGUGAUCCAGAUAUGACAUUUUGGAUGUAUCUGACAAUCCGUUCGAUCGCGGAUAUAUUUCCAACAGCAGCCGUAACAUUGAUAGACGCAGCGAUAGUGAUAGCAACAAGAGAAACUUCCUGCGGCCGAGGUGACGUGGGUAGACAGCUAGCCUUCGGGUCACUAGGUUUCGCACUAUUUGGACCUUUAGCCGGGUACCUCAACCUCCUGAUAGCUCCAAAGCCGGCGUAUCUUUUACCAAUAAUCCUACACGUCGCAAUGAUGAUUCUCGCUGCAAUAGUAGCGCUGUCUUCUAAUGGAAUGCCUCUGAGCCCACCAGAAUGGUGGUGGCAUACAAGGUCUGGAAUGCUGGCUGUACCAAUGAGCGCGGUAAAAAGAUACGGCAGCGAAACAGCAGCUCUGGUGGUGGUACUAAUUGUCCUGGGUACUCUUUGGAGCGUGAUGGACAGUUACCUCUCGCUUUAUCUCACAGAACUGACUGGGGAUUCGUUGGCGAUAGGUGUCAUCUUGACAGUCGGUGCCUUGCCGGCGCUUUUGUUCCUCUGGAAGUCUGAACAUCUUGUCGACUACUGCGGCCACAGCAAUCUACUUAUAAUGGCGUUCACCAUGUACAUCGUCAGGUUCGCUGGAUUAAGCGUGGUAACUGACCCGUGGUGGGCGCUGGUCUCCGAGGCGUUAGAGCUUUUCACUCUCGGCAUCAUGUGGGUCACUGCUAUUCUCUAUAUGCGACACCUUAUCCCAAGAAACCUCACGGUCACUGCUCAAGCGCUGCCAGUGAUUGCCCACUUCUGCAUCGGGCGCUGUCUUGGAGCUGUUAUCGGAGCGUACGUCCACUUCGGCGACACGGAAGUUUUAUCUCUAAAGUAUGUUUAUCAAUGUAUGGCCGUGUCUGCUGCUGUGAUUGCUGUUUUUUACUUCGUUCUGUACCACGGGAUCCUCAAGCCCAAAUGUCAUGCUCAGACGAUACAAAAUGCGCGUACUACUCCUUCUAUUGUACAAGGUAUGAAUGGAAAUGGAAGUUAUACACCACUGAGAGUCUACCACAACGGCCUGGGCAGGAAAGGACAAUUUAGAUACUAA